AUGGGAAAAGGCAAUAGUGACGAGAAAGAAGUUCUCCGUCGCUUUCUCAAUCUCUUCUGUCCCCGAUGUAUUCAAUGUGGUUUUCCCAUCAAAACACUUUAUCUUCAGUAUUCUCCGGGUAACAUUCGUUUGAUGAAAUGUGAGAAUUGCAAGGCUGUGGCAGAUGAAUACAUAGAAUGUGAAAUCACGAUUAUUAUAAUAGAUUUAAUACUUCACAAACCCAAGGCCUAUAGACAUCUUCUUUACAAUGUCAUCAAUCAAGAAACCUUGAAGUUUCAGGGACUGCUUUGGAAAUUGGCUGCCAUUUUUCUUCUUUUUGAUGCAUACAGAUAUUUGAUUUUGGAAAGCAGCAAAAGUAAAUCGAGUUCAUCAAUGAGCUACUCCUCACUAGUGUCAAUGUGUUGCAAGAUGAUGAUGGAUGUGUUCUUUGGAAACUUUAUCUUUCUUUUAACCUUCUUCUUUAUGGUCAAGAUAUUUCUUCAUAUAUCUCUCAGUGUCUCCAGGUUAUACCUCUGA